GGUAUUUUUUAUAGCUUCAAUUAUAUAAAAUAGAUAAUUAAAAAUGAUUUACUUCUACGUUGGAAUUGGUGUUGCAAUUUAUGUGACAUCAUAUUUUCAUUUCUAUGCAAAGAAGCCAAGAAUCUAUGUAAAAUCAUCUUCCAAGCUUCAGAACUUUCUUUCACAUCAUGUUCCAUCACUACACAGAUGCUAUUACCCACCAUUCUGGUGUCCCGAAGGAAGACUGCAGACAAUAGUUCGAGUCUUUCUUCCGUUCAAUAAACAGAUCAAGUACAGGAGGGAAAUCGUACCAGCUCCUGAUGGGGGGCAAUUUUACGUUGACUGGUUCGACAAUGACGAUAACAAGAAAUAUCCAGACAAAACAAAAAGACCAACGAUAUUCAUUGUUCCAGGCCUAACAUCUACAUCUAAAUCAAACUAUGUGCAAUCUAUGGUGGAUAUUUUAGGGAAUCGUGGUUUCAGAGUUAUGAUUAUAAUUAAUCGUGGUUUGGAUGGAAUGGAAGUUCUGACUCCAAAAGCAUAUUGUGCAACACAUACAAUGGAUAUGGAAGUUGUAAUAAAGAUAUUCAAAGAACGUUACCCGGAAGCACCAUUAUUUUGUAUUGGGAUUUCUAUGGGAUCCCUUAUGCUUGGAAGAUAUAUGGCACAGACAAAAUCUGAUUGUAAACUUGUUGGUGCGAUUUUGCAUUCAUGUCCAUUUUCGCCACCUCAUGGUACGACAAGUUUGGAAAGAUGGGAAAACAGAAUAUUAUUCAACAGUUUCCUUACAAAAGGAUUGAAAGAAUUAUAUGGCAAAGUAAGCCAUAUGUUUCAUGAUUUGGUUGAUCAUGAGGAAGUUUUGCAAUCAAAAACGAUUAGAGAAUAUGAUAGCUCCUUCACAUCAAAAGUGUUUGGUUAUGAUUCAGUAGAGGAAUAUUAUAAAGAUGCAGUGUUGACUGCAGAGAAGUUGAGUUCGUUCUCAGUACCUACAUUAUGUGUUGCAUCGGACGAUGAUCCUUUUCUUCCUUAUGAUGCACUACCUAGAACCGAAGUGAUGGAGACUGAUAAUGUUGCUCUUGCUGUUACAUAUGGCGGAGGUCAUGUAAGUCAUAUGGAUGGAUUUAAUCCGUUUUCAAAAACCUAUUUUGAAGAAGUUAUGGAGCAAUUUAUACCUGCUGUGUUUGAGGAAGUUCAAUAAAUUUGAUUAGUUUGAAUCUUUAAUUAUAAUUAAUUCCAGUCCAUGCCAUGAAUUUUAAACUGUAUUUGUUACAUUUAUUUAAUUUUUGAAAUUAAUUUGAAAUAUGGUAGUUCUUUUCAUGAAACAGAAUCAUAGAACAGUUCCCAAUGAUAAUUUUGAGUAGAAACUUUUUUGGAUUUGCUAUUUACAUCGGUAAAUCUCUUAUAGCAGUAUUCACUAGGACCAUUAAUUGAAUGAACACUGUGAUAAUUAUAUCCUUAUAAAUUGAUUAGAAGCAUUCAGAGAGUACAAAGUUUGUAUUUAUGCAAUAAAAAUAUUGAUG